AAUGAAUUAUACUAGUAAAUUAUUAAUAUAUCAGAACUGAAAUGGAAGACCAGCCCUACAUUCCAAGUCCUAAGAAUGUGCAUGAUCAAGACAUUCAGGAGGUAGAACACUUCGAGAAUAAUGAUAGAUGGGGGCAGAAUAUAUCAGAUCAGAGCACUUCUCUUGCUAAGGGAGAUCAAGGAGAUGCAGAUAAUUUUGUGUAUGAAUUUUGAACAAGCUAUGAGCAAAACCUUCCUUUGUAUUUUGACGAAAACCAAGUCAGCAAGGAUGAAAACGCAAAGACAUGUUCGUUAUGAUCUUCUAAAUUUCAAGCAUUCUUUACUACGAGGUAUAAUUGCAGAAGGUGUGGAGCUGCAGUGUGAAAGAGCUGAUCUCAAGGACGGCUCAAGCUCUCUCAAAAAUCAAAUAAGGCAGCCGUUCAUUGAUUCAAGUGUGAAGUACUUGUUAUCAAUUUUGAAAUGAUUGAAGGUUAUAACAAGUUCCAUCAUGAAAAGCUUUGUGACAGGAAUAGAAUUAAAUAAGUUAGUUGAUCAGAAAAGUGCUGAGAUCGAACGAAAGAAACAGCAAAUAGACCAAGCAAGAAAAAGAGAUAAUCAAGAACAGUUUGACUUUAAUUGGAAUUAUGAAAAAUAAAGAAGAAGUCAUCUACAAAAGGCAAGAAAUUCUAUCAGAACUUAAGGCAAAAUAUCUGAUGCAGGAUCAACAAUUGGCAACUCUUUCGGAUACUAAUAAGUCUCUCAAAUAUCAGAAGGAAUUAGCAAAAGAAAGAUUGGAAACAUUGAAAGAGAAACAAAGAACCCUGAGGCUAAUAAAAUCUCAGAAAGAUGCUCAACUGAAAGACCUUCAGCUAGAGAAAUUGGUUGAAUAAGAGCAGAUAUUUAUUUUCAAUAAGAUGUCACCAC